CUCACCCUGCGUUACCUUGAGGGGUCGGUGAUCUUUCAGCGCUUACACAAUCUACAGCCUUUGAAAGCAGUAUGUAAACAAGUACAGAUGAUUUUGCGUACGUUGUAACGUUCAUAAGCUGCUGCUGAUUUUAAAGACCGCGCGAGACCGAUGCAGCAGCGACGGCGACUGCGCGUUAAAGUUUGGCUUUGUGUUUCGGCAGUUUGCUUUCCUGGAUGCUGAUACAUUUACGUGGACAGAGCCGCUCGCUGAAACUCGUGUAUAUUACGUGAGGAUUUAAGUGAGCUGAGGAUGGCGGAUAUCAGGACAUAUAAUGUUGUUGUUUUGGGAGUAGGGUUUUUGCUCAUUUUUACAGCCUUCACCACCUGCGGUAAUAUUGAACAAACAGUGGUGAAAAGCUUGAACAGCACUAACUUCACCGGAAGUGGGUAUCACAGCCUUGGAAUAAUAUAUGGAGUUUUUUCAUUCUUCAAUGUGUUAGCUCCCACUAUCGUUGCAAUAAUUGGACCACAGCUUACGAUGUUCCUGAGCGGAGUUCUUUACAGUGGUUAUAUAGCUGUAUUCAUCAUUCCAUCGACAUGGUCCUUUUAUUUCACAUCAGUAAUAAUUGGCAUUGGAGCGGCCAUGCUCUGGACAGCUCAAGGGCACUUUUUAGUGGAGAACUCCGAUGCUUCCACCAUCAACAGGAACACAGGGUUGUUUUGGGCUUUACUGCAGUGCAGUAUGUUGUUUGGAAAUCUAUACGUUUAUUUUGAUUGGAAAGGCAAAACUGAAUUUUCAGAUAGAGACAGAAAGAUUAUGUUUAUUGCGCUGCUGGUCAUCUCAGUGCUCGGGACGCUGAGUUUUCUUGCCCUGAGGAAGGUCUGUCAGGAGGAAGAUGUUCUCUCUGAAGAGGAGGGCCGCUCACUUUUAUCCACGAGACUGAAAUAUAAACAGAGAGCAACAUCUGCUGUGAUGGAAGCUAAAACAGAGUUUAAGACGAUGUUGGAAAUCUUCAAAACAAAAACCAUAUUGUUAUUAAGUUUCUGCAUGGCAUACAGCGGUUUGGAGCUGUCAUUUUACAGUGGCGUUUAUGGAACCUGUAUUGGAGCUACGACGCAUUUUGGCGAUGCAGCGAGAGGCUUAAUCGGCAUCUCGGGCAUUGUGCUGGGAAUCGGAGAAAUAGUUGGGGGAGGAUUGUUUGGCAUUGUACUGAAGAAUAACCGUUUCAGGCGCACAUCAGUUGUCUUUUUAGGGAUGGUUGUGCACUUUGUGGCCUUCUACUUGAUAUUCCUCAACAUACCAGAUGAUGCACCUGUGGUUUUCCAAACAAGCUCACAGCAUAAGCCGUAUCUGAUACCAAGCGUGUCCAUCGCCCUGCUGUGCAGCUUCCUGCUGGGUCUUGGGGACAGCUGUUUCAACACUCAACUCUACAGCAUUCUGGGCCGGGCGUUUGCUGAGCAGAGCGCACCAGCCUUCGCUAUAUUCAAAUUCAUACAGUCUAUUUUUGCAGCUGUGGCGUUCUUCUACAGCGGUUAUAUUUUGCUGAGCUGGCAGCUCCUCGUGAUGGUCAUCAUGGGAUUUACGGGAACGCUGUGCUUUUUCAUGGUGGAGAGGAUGCAGAACAUGUCAGCUGACACGCAGGAGUAUUAGGUCGGAGUCUUUCUCAGGACACGUUUCAGUAAGUGUACGACUUGCACUAUUUGAUGUAGGAUGACGUUGUUCGUAUAAAACACUACACGUGACUUUCGUGAAAGUGCCUUUGUUUUUGUUGUCUUAUACAGAUGGGAUUACAAUGAUUAUUUUUUAUUUACAUUCUAAGAUAGAAAACCGUUAGUUGGAGCUGCAUUAUAAUUUUCCAUCUUUAAUGGAAUUGUAUUACAUUUAAUUUGAUAUAUCAAAUAUAGAUAUAUCUCACAUAUAUUACUUGGUUUGGUUAUGUUAUGCUGUGCUGACUGACGUGGCAGUUGUCUUAUACUGACACCUCGUGGCGUACUUACAGCAUCAUGCAAAAGCCAAAGUGGAAUUUCCCUCCACUUAUUUAUUCCAUGAGCUAAAGAUGAAUCUCUUGAUUAUCUGGUCAUGUGAUUUCAUGAUUGCACCUGCUCCAUGUAAAAUAUAACAGCUUUUAUUAUGCCGCUGAUAUGACUGGAGCAUUAUUCUCGUGUGAGACUUCAACCUCUUCCUGUGUAUUAUGUGCUAUGCAAAUACUUAAUAAGUAAAAAUACUGAGCGGAACGAUGUUAGUGACAAUCAGAGGACGUCUCUAAUUAACACCUAAACUAAAUUAUAUGUACCCCACUAUACACCAUACGACUUACACUCAAAGUUUGGAAUCAUUUAGAUGUUUUAUAUUUUGCAAAUAUACAUAUACGGCAUAUACUAAAACGCAGCGGAGCUGUAACAUUUCAGUCAAGAAAGCAUUUCUCUCAGGGCAUAGUUGUAUGAUUUUUAUAGGAUGGUUAACUCACAAAGGCUAAUGACAUGCCAAUUCACUUUCUUAUGUCUUUUCUAAAAGGAUACUUCAUAUACACUCGGUGUUCUUUAUUAUGAACCAUUUUAAAGUUGUUAAAACCGUACCAGUUGAACUGGUUCAGAUACUGAAAGUAUUAGAUAGCCAGACAGUAAUGUCAUGAGAACUUUGUCACGAGACCGGUUUAAAUAACGUGUACACAAAGGUCGUCUUCACGACAAAUGUCUUGAAGUCACAAGCCUUCUUGGCUAAAGUGCUGUUUAUCGUAAACCAAUGUGUGUCUGAAGCAACAGCUCUUUAAGUAUGAAGUUACAUGAGAUUAUUUGUUCAGGAACCAGUUUAGUAAUUCUGACUUUUUUAUAAUUCAGUUGCCUAUAAUAAAGAAGCAAAAAAAUAAUUGAGGUUUUUACAUUACAUUUUACGCUGCAUAAAAUGUGCAUUACACAUAAACCUUGUGAUACAUAGUAGUUGGAUCUGCAUUUUGUAUGUUUUAAUGUGUAAUUUAAAUGCAUUGUGUCUUUUUACAUUUGUACUACACGCUAUGUUAUCAUUUAUGUGUCAUAUUGUAAAUAUUUGUGUUUAGAUUUAAGCCUCUUUGGGACAAAAUUAUUUUCAUUUUUAAUUGACAAUCAGUAUGAAAUGUUCUAACCUUCUGGGUUUGAUUUGAUGUUUUAAUGCAUUUCAAUAUUCAAGGACUAUUGUUAUUGUUGUUAUUAUUAUUAUUAUUAUUAUAAUGUGUACAUGUCUGCCUGUAAAUUAAAUGAAAUUGUUCAUGUCAGGUUGAAAAAUUAAUAUUUG